AUGAUCAGAGGUCAACUGAAACAUCUCGUCGCCCUCUCUCAUCAUCAACAACAAUCAUCAUCCGAUGAUGACCAUAGUGGUGGAGAUAGUGGCACUAGUUCUAAAACUACACUUUCCUCUGAUUCAACAUCUUCUUCGUUGUACAUUUCAACCUUCAAACCAACAACAAUAUCAUCAUCGGGAGAGAAUUCACCACUUUUUAAAUUUUCUCAACCAUCACCGACUUCCUCUCCAACUUCAGGAAAAUCCUCUUUCUCUUCCAAUCUCCUCUUUGGUAAAUCCAACACAUCAUCUUCAUUGAUGAAUCACAUGCAUCAAAAAUUAGGCUCUUCCUACCUUGGCAACAAGAACACAACCACUGGUCACACUGGUCAGCAAGUAUCUUCUUCAUCGUUUUUUGGUGCUUCUUCUUCGUCUCCUCACCAGAAUCAUACCAUUAAUAGAAAAAACAAUUCAUCGUCCUCCUCAUCCUCGUCACUUCAAUUACCAAUUAAUUUUUCAAUUCCUCCCAUUCGAGGAGCAAAUGUUUUUAGAAGAAAUUGGAGAAGUUCGAGUGGUGGAUUUCUUUGUAAUUUAUCCUACAUUGUGUUGGGGAUUGUAUUUGUUCUUUCUUUGUUGACAUUUUUUGUUUUCAUUUAUUAUACCAUGACUAGAAACCCAAAUAGAUCCAUCAGUACUGAAAUGACCAAUGCAGGAGUCACGGGUGACAUUCAAGGAAAAUUAUAUCAACUUGAAAAACACUCGGUAUUGCGAGGAGUGGACGAAUUCUUCAAAUUACUUCAUAAAAAGAAUUCACACCAUUUAGGAUCGGUGCCAUUAGAGGAAGGUUAUAACAAAUUAUUUGAGCAUGAACAAGCGGAUAAGGAGACGUCGAAAGUAGAUAAACUUAGUAUUGCCAUGCAAAAAGAAAUGGAAAAAAUUAGAAUGUUCUAUGCUGAAAAUCCAAUUCAAAAAGUAUUUUUGGGAAUUGUGAAUGACCACAAUCAACUGUUGAGUGCAUUGCUACUCACAAAGCAAGAAAAAUUAAUUCCACAAGAUAUGGCUCUUCCAAUUCUACAUUUGGAUUCUCAUUCUGGUCACAAAAUUUUACAAAAUUCUAAACUUUUAAAACUGACCUUACAGUCGAAAAAGAAAACAAUUUCCAAGAUUGAAAAGUCAAUUGGCGCAGAUAAUUUUAUCUCGACAUGUCAGUAUUACAACCUCAUUGGAAGUCAUGUCAUUUGGGUUCACAACGAUUGGGAAGGUUCUCAUUUUGCUCUUCCACGAGGGAGACAUAUUGCAGUCAUGGGAGCCAGAGGAAAUCCAAAAAGAGGAAAAUCCAAGAUUUGCUAUAAGAAAAUGAAAGGAAUCUUUUGGGAUGGAAGUUUAAGCGAUUUCACCUUUGAAACAACCAUGAAUUCAGAAGGAAAGAUUUAUGUGAAUGAAAAGACCACUUGCACGAGAACUGAAUAUCUUGUAAAACCCAAACAUGUUCGGUGGGAUGUAUACUCUAUUGAUCAAAUUGCAAGAUUGAAUGCUCGAAUUUUCAACAACACUCCAUAUAUUCUUCAUGUGAGUGAGGAUUUUUUCACAGCACAAGAUCCACUCAUUAAUAAUCUUUUACCACAUGCAGAAUAUGGACAUUUAUUUGACAUGCUUUCUAAAUUGGUGUCACCAAAGAAAAUAUGUUAUCAAAAACCUAUACCUAUUCCAUCAAAAGAAGAUGAAAACACUCAACUCACGAAUGAGGAGCAAAACAGAGAUUGGAUUUCAAAAAUUUUAGAUGAAAUGUUUUUCAGAGGUCUCGUAUUUGAAUCGGACGGAAUUAGAGCUCCACAAAAUUCACUCUACAGCCCAAAUUUGUUGGACAUGUGGUGUGAAGGUCCACAUGCUGCUCUCGAGGAGUUACGAAAAAUCAACAAACUCGUUCUCAUCAUGCUUGACAAUAUUCCAUAUUAUGUGUUGUCACUAUUGAGAUAUGAAUAUGAAUUUCCGUCCGUUCGAAAAUAUUGUUAUGUGAAUAAUUUAUUUGGAAUUUGUCCUUCUGCAAGUACUCCCUCUCAUCCAUCUACCGACGUGGAAAUUAGACGAUCCUCUAACUAUUUGAAAGACAUCGUUGUUAGAGAAGGUCGACCAGCCAUUAUCAUCAUUUCCAGAUCAAACAGAGACAAGCUUGUAGAUGUUGACAAGUUUUAUGACACUGAGCAUAUGAUUUUGAAUGCCAUUGAGCGAGCAUUAAGUCCAACACCUCCACUUAUUCACUAUUUGGGCGGUGCUAUUCCAGCUCAAGAACCAGAAAAGAAGAACGAUAAUACUGGACUUUAUCAACAAGAAAUGGCCAUUCUGGAGAAUAUUAUUGAAAAUGAAAUGAAUGAUUUUACACCAUAUUACAAUUUAAUAAUUGACAGAAUACAGAAAUUUAGUAAGCUAAAGAAAUUUAUCAAAGAUAAAGACCUCACAGUGAAUGAGCUUUUCACAGAGGGCCAAGAGUUAUUGCACGAGUUUAUCCAACAAACCAAAGACAAGAUCGGUUUUGAAAAUCCCAUAAUGAAAACUCCAUACCAGCCAAAAAAGGCUCGAUUGAAAAUAUGCAUCAACUUAAUUGGAGUCAAGAAAUUACUGCCCAACCUACUGAAAUGUUUAUUACCUAGAUUGAGACAAGAAAAAAGGGUAGUGUUCUUGAUUUCAGAACAUUUAGUAGAAACUCCCGAAGAAUUUAGACAAGUUAUCUCUACCGAUACACAAAUUUCAAAAGUCAGCGAUCAAGUGAAACAAAAUUGGUUGUUAUUGAUGGAUUUGGCCUGUGACAAUUUAAAUAAGGUUUUGAUUCAGUCUGAGAAGGGCCUUUCCAAGUAUUUCAGUAACAUGCAACAGACUGUCGAUGGCAAAAUUGUUAAUGACGUUUCACAAGGUCAUUUAACCAGUUGUUCUUCUCAAUCCAAAUAA